AACCCUUUACUUCCCCGGUGACUCGGUCUUCGUGAUUCCCAUCGGCCGCUAGGGUUCUCAAAAGACAUCGAGGUGACGCCGUGAGAGCUCAAGGUGACGCCGGUGUUAGACCAGGUGCAUCUAGUUGCUAGCCAUAUGAUUUAGCACCGGUACCUUUGUGUGCAGGGUUCCUUCAUUAUGUGAAUUUGAAAUCCAGUACAUAUUUAUAGAGAAUGGCAGAUUCGGUGGUAUCGAGUUUCUGGGGCCCAGUAACAUCCACUGUUGAGUUGUGUGAGAAAAACUAUACCCAUUCAUCAUAUAUUGCAGAAUUUUACAACACUAUAUCCAAUGUGCCUUGCAUACUUUUAGCACUCAUUGGACUUAUAAAUGCCUUACGACAACGCUUUGAGAAAAGAUUUAGUGUUCUUCAUAUAUCCAACAUGAUUCUUGCAAUCGGGAGCAUGAUAUUUCAUGCCACAUUACAGCAUGUACUCCAACAGAGUGAUGAGACACCAAUGGUGUGGGAGAUGCUGCUUUACCUUUAUGUCCUCUACUCCCCGGACUGGCAUUAUCGGAGUACCAUGCCUACUUUCCUGUUUCUCUAUGGUGCUGCCUUUGCCGUAGUCCAUUCUCUGGUGCGUUUUCGAAUAGGAUUCAAGGUGCACUACGUCAUACUGUGUCUUCUUUGUAUUCCUCGGAUGUACAAGUACUACAUCCAGACUAAAGAGGUGUCAGCUAAGCGGCUGGCCAAACUCUAUGUGGCAACAAUAUUUUUGGGGACUCUAUGCUGGUUGUUUGACCGUGUCUUCUGUAAGAAACUCUCUCGUUGGUACAUUAACCCACAGGGUCAUGCCUGCUGGCAUGUGCUUAUGGGAUUCAACUCAUACUUCGCAAACACCUUUCUCAUGUUUUGCCGUGCUCAGCAACUGGGAUGGAAACCCCGAGUCGUCCACCUUUUCGGUUUCUUCCCUUGUGUGAAGAUUCAGAAACCGAAAAAAGGGGAGUGACAGCAGGUAGCAAGAUUUCUCGAGUGCUUGAUGCUGGUUUCUUUUUUGAUUGUGAAAGCAAAUGUUCGAUUGAGCAUCUGGGCUGGCAGAGACAUUUUGUAUAUGGACAUCGGUGAUCGGAGUUUUGAUGUCGUUAGUUUUCGACAUGAACUGGCGCUUUCUAUGUAUUAUAUUUAAUUCUUCAAUCCAAGAUCUUUUGUUUUCUUUUUUGAUGCACAAUAUGGAGUCUCCAGAUUGUAGAUUUAAAAUUGAAUUUAAUUUUUUUUUUUCCAAUAUACUGAAUCUUAUGGAAUCAAAUUUUCCUGCUUUC